CAGGUCACACAGUAACAAGAAAGACAUGGUUUUCACAGCUUCAUCAUGUAUGCUAAUGAGCUAGGGUUUGGCUGUUAUAUAAAUCACACAUUGGGCAUUAUUCGGGCACUUGGAGAACCUCUCUCAUCCAAUAUGAAAGGAUUUACUCUGCUCCUGGCAAGUCUGGCCUUAUGGUUUAAUCCUGGUAAGAAUCUGGAUUCUCUUUUAUUUUUUCAAUCUUUGUAUCUUUAUACGAUUCAUUUCUCGCAAAUCAAGAAAUAGAAUUUGCUUUGAUAUCGUGUGUCCUGGAGGCAAGGUGACGUGUUUAAAGAGGUGCCAGUUUGACAUUACAGUUUGUAUCCGUACAUUGUUAUGGGUUUAGUUAAAUAUUGUAAUAACUAUUAAUCCUUUAUAAGUGACUUCCAUUGAAUUUCCAGUUAGAAUGAGAUCUUGCUAUAGACUAUAGUAUAAAAGUUGAGUUUCUGCCAAGUAUGGCAGCAAUAGAAGCAUAUUUUAUUUUUGUAAUGGUUCAAACAUCACAGCAAAUGUUGCUGUAAGUACUGCCUUUUCUGAGAAAAGGCAGUGUAUUCAUUGUUCCGUAGGGACACCUCCAGUGGCAGUCACUCAGAUGGCCACUAGUGGUGCUUCCUGUUGUGGAGCAGUGACGUUCAGCGUCUCCAUGCUCUGCAUUUAGGCGCUGAACUUUCCCCAAAGAGAUGCAUUGAUUCAAUGCAUCUCUAUGUGAAAGAAUUGGAUUGGCUGAGAUUGUCAAUGCUGAUGAUCUCAGUCAAGGAAGCGGACCGGGGCAGGGACAGCACGGCGCUGGAAUAAAGGUGAGUUUUUAUCAUAUUUAAGGAGGUCAAAGGGGCCUUACAUGGCUUGUUAAUACUAUAGGGUCAGGAAUACAAUGAUCAUUUGAUGUAGGAUAAUGCAUUUUAUGAUAACGAUUAAAGAGAAGUCUAAAGUCAGUAAGCACUCGUUAGGGAUAAUAAAAAGGUGAAAAAUGUUUCUUUACACUAAAAGCAAUAAAAUGUGGAAUUCACUUAAAAAAUAUAACAAACAUUCUGUAGAUAUUUAUUUUUUUAAAUUAUGCUUUUUGGGAAAACUGAAUAUGGAAAUAUAUAAUAGUUAACAUGUGGGGUAAGAGUUUUUUGAUCCAGAGAAACCUGAUUGCCUUUUUGGAAUCAAGAAGGAUUUUGUUACCGAUUUAUGGCACAGAUAGCACUCGCUUGGAAAAAAAACAUUGAAGUAUGAAAGGCUGAACAAUGACAUAUUCACAGUUUGUUUCUGUUUAAUUACCCCAUUGUACAGCGCUACGUAAUCUGAUAAAUGAUAAACUAAUAAUAAUUACGCACUUUAAUUAAACCAGUAUGUACUUUAAUAUAACCACCAUGUAUACUGUUUUAUUUUUAGCUUGGUCCCUUGAGUGCUUUUUUUGCUUGACACAAACCAACGCACCAUCAUGUGUGCAAACGCAGACCUGCGCAGAAAAUGAAAAAGUUUGCAAAACGAUAGAAUACAGCGCGCCGACCAGUGAGUAUUGUACCCGCUCUGUUCAUAUCUAUGCACUGUGUACAAGUGAUACACACCGCCUGCUCUGCAUGCCUUUCUCUGUAGAACAGGUGAUUGUAUUCCAAACUGAAAUUUUGGGGCCCUUUACAAAACACUGGCCCGGCCCCACCAAUGCAUUCUCUCCCAGAACAUAGUACUCGUGCAAAAACACAGUCACAUAAUCACUUUAAAACGCGAACGAAGACUCACACACACCAACACACAUAUACACACAGAUAUAUACUGACAUAAAUUAACAUGUUCCUUCAAUCAGUAUCUUAAGUCAAUACUUAACGAAUCAGAAAUUACUAAAUGUGCAAUUAAUUUCAUUCCGAAUUCAAAAUUCAGACGAAUUUCGGCAAUUUCGGCAUUUGGAUGCUUCCGAAUAUCCAAAUUGCCGAAUUUCCAAAAUGCGAAAGUGAUGAAUUUCUGAAGUGCCGAACCGAAUUGACAAAGUGCCGAAUUGCCAAAGUGCCAAAUUUUAGAAGUGCCGAACCAAAUUGACGAAGUGCGGAAUUUCGGAAGUGCCUCGGAAUUCUGAAAAGUGGCAAAACAUUAGAGGGAGGGAAAAUUAUGGGAAUGAUGACAGGAAUCUAACCCUACCCUUAACCCUACACCUAACGGUAAUCCUAACCGUAAUCCUUACCCUACCCCUAACCCUACCUCUAACCCCUUACCCUACCCCUAACCCUACCUCUAACCCCUUACCCUACCCCUAACCCUAGAUGUGUAAGUGGUUGUGGUGGUUAGGGGUUAGGAUUAGGGGUAAGGGUUAAGGGUAGGGAAUUGUCGAGUCACGAAUUGCUGAAGUGCCAAAGUCACGAAUUUCAGAAGUGCAGAACCGAACCGAAUAUUUUGCCCAUGCACAUACCUAUAAAAUAAUUGUAUUAUUGUUUGCAACUAUAUAUCCACAAACUAUAUUAAUAAUAUACCAGGUUUCCACGGGAAGGCUAUUCCAGGUAUCUACUACCAUUUCUAUAUCACUGUUAGCCUUUGCUGCUGCCACAGGAAGGUUAUUCCAGGUAUCUACUACCCUUUCUAUAUCACUGUUACUGUUUUCACUGGAAGGUUAUUCCAGGUAUCUACUACCCUUUCUAUAUCACUGUUACUGCUUCCACUGGAAAUCUAUUCCAUGUAUCUACUACCCUUUUUAUAUCACUGUUACUGCUCCCACUGGAAGGCUAUUCCAGGUAUCUACUGUCCUUUCUAUAUCACUGUUACUGCUUCCACUGGAAGGCUAUUCCAGGUAUCUACUACCCUUUCUAUAUCACUGUUACUGCUCCCACUGGAAGGCUAUUCCAGGUAUCUACUGUCCUUUCUAUAUCACUGUUACUGCUUCCACUGGAAGGCUAUUCCAGGUAUCUACUACCCUUUCUAUAUCACUGUUAACCUUUACUGCUUCCACUAGAAGGCUAUUCUAGGUAUCUACUACCCUUUCUAUAUCACUGUUACUGCUCCCACUGGAAGGCUAUUCCAAGUAUCUACCACCCUUUCUAUAUCACUGUUACUGCUCCCACUGGAAGGCUAUUCCAGGUAUCUACUACCCUUUCUAUAUCACUGUUAGUCUUUACUGCUUCCACUGUAAGGCUAUUCCAAGUAUCUACUACCCUUUCUACAUCACUGUUACUGCUCCCACUGGAAGGAUAAUUUGUGCAUAUCACUAUUAACUACAUCUACUUCAACUGUAAGACUAUCUUUGCAUCAAAGAUUUGAAGUCAAUGCAUAUUUUAUUUAUUCAUUUAGAUAUAUGAAAACAACUAUAAAUACAAAAAAUGCUGUAUUUAAAAUACUGAAAGAUAUUAAUUUCAGGUUAACUGUUUGAGUGCCAGAGAUCUACCCUUUGAAAGCUUGUUUAAAUAAACAUUUAAGGACCACUAUAGAGCCAGGAAAACAUACUCGUUUUCCUGUCACUAUAGUGUCCUGAGGGUGCCCCCACCCUUAGGGUCCCACUCCCGUGGCGCUGAAGGGGUAGGAAGGGCGUUAAUCCUUUACCUUUUUUCCAGCGCCGGGCUCCCUCGGCGCUGGGACUCUCAUCCCUCUUCUUCCGUCAUCGGCUGAAUACGUAUGCGCGGCAAGAGCCGUGCGUGCCUUCAGCCGUCUCAUAGGAAAGCAUUAUCAAUGUUUUCCUAUGGACGCUGGCGUCUUCUCACUGUGAAAAUCACAGUGAGAAGCGCAGAACCGCCUCUAGCGGCUGUCAAUGAGACAGCCACUAGAGGCUGGAUUAACCCAUAGGUAAACAUAGCAGUUUCUCUAAAAAUGCUAUGUUUACUGCAAAAAGGGUUAAACCUAGCUGGACCUGGCACCCAGACCACUUCAGCUUAAUGAAGUGGUCUGGGUGCCAGGUCCAGCUAGGUUUAGCCUAUAGUGGUCUUUUAAAGGGACACUCCUGACCUCUAAAGCACUUUAGCUUGCUUUAAGUAUGAAGAAUAUGUCACCUUUUUUAUUUUACAAAAAGUUCAGAUUUCAAUAGAAAUUGGCACUUUUAUAAAUUAACCUUGUAACACCCCCUGGCUAUCAAUCAGACAAUCGGUCUUGUUACUUCCUGGUUUGGUUAGCUCAGUGGAACUAAACUCAAAAGGCCACAACUGCCCAGAGCACCUGCCUUGCAAAGACUUUUCAGUGAGCUGCAUUGGGAAGUCUGUGAUUGGACAGCCACAGAAAGUCUGGGCGGGGUUAGAAGGGGAGGGCUUGUAAAUGCUGUAGACAAGAGAACUGCAGCUAUUGCAAGCUAGUUUUAGAUAUAUCCGCAAUGAAAAAUACAUAAUUAAAUGCAUGCAUGUUUUCAUUAAGGGUUUAUAUACUAAACUGGGAUUUAUAUUUUAUUUUUUGUACUUGGACAGCAGAGUGUCCCUUUAAACUGAUUAAGCCAUUUUUUUCAUUGCCUUUCAGCAUUUCCUUUCGAUGCUCCUUACGUGGUCGUUAAGGGCUGUGCAGUAAGCUGCAAGCAAGAUGAUCCCGAUGAGCUGGGAACAGCCCAACCUACUUUUUGCUGUAACACAGAUUUUUGCAACACCAGAGGGCUCGAUAACACGUGUUCGGGAACCAUAAAUUUCUCGCUCAGCCUAGGACUAUUUAUGUGUUUUAUUAGUGUAGUGCUGGUGUUCUUUAGAACGCACCUGUAAUAAUCCAUGGUGUUUUUACAGUGUGCUGAGCAUCAAAUAUAGAUCAACGACAAAAGAACAAUGAUGUAUGUAUGGACUAAUCACGGCUCCGACAAUGGACGAACAGUUUCUUUUUUUUGUGAGUUCGAGUUCCGCUAUCGGUGCAAAAGAAAUUUGAUGGCUGAUGGUAAAAAAAACUUUCAUGAUUAGGGGGAGACACUAAUUGUAUUCACAAAUCAAGUGAGAACUUAGCAAUAAAGGGGAAAGGCAGGAGCAGGAAAACAGCUAUACUCAUAUACAGCGCUACGGAAUGUGAUGUCACUAUAUAAAUAC